AUGGCGAGUAGAGGUGGAGCCACGCGACCCAACGGGCCCAAUGCGGGAAACAAAAUCUGCCAGUUCAAGCUGGUGCUGUUGGGGGAAUCUGCUGUGGGGAAGUCCAGCCUGGUCCUUCGCUUUGUCAAAGGACAGUUCCAUGAAUUCCAAGAAAGCACAAUUGGAGCGGCCUUCCUCACGCAGACGGUCUGUUUGGACGACACCACAGUGAAGUUUGAGAUCUGGGACACGGCUGGACAGGAACGCUACCACAGUCUGGCCCCCAUGUACUACAGGGGGGCCCAGGCCGCUAUUGUGGUGUACGACAUCACAAAUGAGGAGUCGUUUGUUCGGGCAAAGAACUGGGUGAAAGAGCUGCAGAGGCAGGCCAGUCCCAACAUCGUAAUAGCUCUGGCAGGAAACAAGGCCGACCUCGCCAACAAGCGGACGCUGGACUUCCAGGACGCUCAGUCGUAUGCAGACGACAACAGCCUGCUAUUCAUGGAGACGUCGGCUAAGACCUCGAUGAACGUCAAUGAGAUCUUCAUGGCUAUUGCCAAGAAACUCCCCAAGAACGAGCCUCAAGCUGCCGGAGCCAACAGUGGGCGCAACCGGGGAGUGGACCUGACGGAGACAGCCCAGCCCAGCAGCCGCCCCUGCUGCAACACCUAA